AUGUCUAAGAGGUUUCAGAAGAAUAUCGAGAAACAAUUGAUUGAUAUAGUAAAUAGUAGGGGUAACGAUAAUAAGUGUGGUGAAUGUGGGUCUGCAUAUCCGACAUGGGCUUCAUGGAACUUAGGUGUUCUCUUGUGUGGAAGAUGUGCUUCACUUCAUAGAAAGGUUUUACCGAAGGAUGUUUCAAAGGUUAAGUCAUUGACAUUAGAUCAAUGGACUUCCGAGCAAGUAGACUGUUUGAAAAGGAUUGGAAAUAAAAAGGCUAAGAAAAAGUGGAACCCUAAAAGAUAUCCGUUCCCCCACGAUGAUGAUGAUGAUGGACCUAUUGAGGAAUUUCUUAAAGAUAAGUACAUAAUGGGACGGUUUAGAGAUGACAACUUUGAUGCAGUUGAGUACGACGAUAAAAACAGCAGAUAUUCGAGUGAUGGUGUCUCCACUCCUGUUAGUGGAGGCAGGGUGAGAUCGAGACUGAAUUCAAUGAGACAAAAAGGUUCGGGUCCUAUUCCACCAUUAACCCAUAGGAAGUUAACUACAUUUGAAUCGACUCAAUACCCAAAACAGGUGUCCUCAAUAUUAAGAUAUGGGUAUCCCAAUAGGGACUCUAUUCUUGAAGCGUUAUUGUUAAGUAAUGGAAGUAUAGAAUUGGCGUUGGACAUUUUGGACAAUGAUGCAAAAUCAAAUCCCACACAAGAAGAACUUCCUCCAGCGUUACCAACGAGACCAGCUAGAUCAACUUCACUUCUGGAAAACAAUCCUAUGAAUUCUUUACUUGGUCAGCAGUCACUGCAAACGCAACCAAACAAUGAUUGGUGGUCCAACUCAAAUGCUAGUUCCAAUACAAAUACUGGGGCUACUAUGCCAAGUGUCCCAACCUCGGCAAGUGGUGUAUCAGUUGCUCAACCACAAAUCUACCAAUAUACCGAUCCUGUCACAGGUCAGAUAUCAUAUAUAGAUUCAAACGGUCAGCAAUAUUUGGAUCCCAACAACCAGCAACAUCAGCAGAUGUUGUAUCAACAACAAAAUCCGCAAUUAAUUGCUCAGCAGACUAAUAAACAAGCCAUAUUGUCACUAUACAACCAGCCAAACAACUCUAACUCCACGGUGCCAAAUGCACAACAACCACAGCAGACAGGUCUUGGGUUCCAACAGCAGCCACAACAGCAAGCAGGUUUUGGAUUCCAACAACAGCCUCAACUGACGGGUUUCGGAUUCCAACAACAACCACAACAAACUGGGUUUUCAGGAUUUCAACCGCAACAAACUGGUUUUGCACAACAGCCGACUGGAUAUCUGAAUGUUGCUCCCCAACAGCAACAACAGCAGUAUCAACAGGGUUACUGGGGAUAA